AUGUCGGUCGCCCUCCGCCCCUGCCUGCGACCUAAUUCGCUACCCAGUUUACCCUCGGCCACCACCUCUACCACCUAUGUCUGUCAAGCAUGUCGGCACGCGCGACUCAUAAAGCGACCGAAACGACCAUACACAUUCACUCAACUAGUCACACUCUCUGACGGUAGUGCUUUCACGAUGCGGACCACAUCUCCUAUACCGGUGUACAGAUCGACCCGCGACACCAGAAAUUCUCCCUUGUGGAACCCUACCUCGAAGGAGCUUCUGAAUGUCGAAGACGAUGAGUCAGGAAGGCUGGCAAGCUUCCGAGCCCGAUUCGGCACCAGCUUCGAUAGUUCAAAGACAGCAAGGAAGACCGACGAGGUCGCCGCAACCUCCCCCGCAGACCCUACCACAAACCUUCCUCCCCCGUCAGGGAGCAGAGCAGCCCCUGCAAAGGAACCGUCGUUUGAGGAGGAGCAGAACGUGUUUGCCGAGGAUGACAUGAACCUAUUGGACUUUGUCAGCUCAUUCGGCCAGGAAAGCAGUCCACAAAACGCGCAGCCGCCGCCGAAAAAGAGUGGGAAAAAGUAG